AGAAAUUAAACAAAACUUUCCUACAUUUUGAUUUCGUUUUCCUUUGCAUUACUUCUGUUGUGCAGAGAGCUUACAAUUUGAUCACCAAAACAGGUAUCUUUCUCAUGGAAAGUUCAUCAUCAAAAGCAGAAGUAAUCAAGCCAACGCUUCUCAAAGCUGGCAUUUCAUUAGCAAUAUCUGUGACAGGUUUUAUCUGUGCUAGGAUCAUUGCCAAAAGAAGAGUAAAUCCUGCAGCUUCUUCAGUGGAAACCCAGGUAAGUCCCCUUGAAACGGAUUCCCAGGAGGAUUCUAGAGGUGAUGGUAGUGGCAAUUCUACAUCUUCAACUUGUGGAGAAGAUGAAGAAAAGAUUAACAGUUCAGAAAUUCAGGAAAGAACUGCUUAUGAAGAAGAGAUUGUAGGCCUAAGAAUGCGAAUUGAAGAACUUCAAAAGAGAGAAUGGGAAUUAGAAAGGCAGUUUCAUCGUUUUUGUGAUCUUAAAGAACAAGAAUCUGUGCUUAUGGAGCUUAGGAAUAUGUUACUUUUAGAGACUUUUUAUGUUGAGUUAUUGGAUAGAGAAAUUUCAUCCUUGGAGGCUGAGAACAUAAGGGCUAAAAAUAUAGUUAUGGAAUACUUAAGAGCUGUGGAGCAGGUUGAGCAUUGGAAAACACAGAAUGGAUUGCUUCAGAGAAAAGUAAAGAGGGUUUUGAGAAAAACUAAAGGCCAAGCCAAGAUCAUAAGAGAAAAAGAUUUGAAGAUUGGAGCUAAAGAUGCAGAAAUUAAAAGAAAUGGUAAAGUACUAGAAGGAAGAUCCAAUGUUGUCAAGAAACUAGAGGAUGAAGUUAUGGAGCUGAAAUCUCUCACUGAACAAUUGCAGGAGCAGAAAAAUGAGCUUUCAAAUAAGUUGGAAUUGCUAGAGAAUUCACAUUCGUCAAUCUCAAAGACUGAAGAAGAGGGGAUAACAAUAGAGGUCUACAACCAACUUGCAAAUGAAUAUGAACAAGUUCAAAAGGGAAGAGCUGCUGAACUUAAGGAUCUUAUUUACUUAAGAUGGUGCAAUGCAUGCUUGAGGUACGAACUGAAGCGAUAUCAACUGCUGCAAGAGUAUAACCAGGAGAAUAAAGAUAAUCUGGAACAAGAAUUUGAAGGCAUUGGAGAAAUGGUAGGUUUUAGAAUAGAACAGCAAUUGGAUGGUCCAGCAUUGGUGGAGGAAGGAAAGCCCUGCUUCGUUGCUACAACUAGUGGUCAAGUUUGCUCCAAAAGGCAGAAAUUGCUUAAAAAAUUCAAGAAAUGGGUGGAAGGAAGUGAGAAAAUGAAGCCAAAGUUGGAUGCAAAAGAAAAGCAGGAAAGCAAGUGCUUUGGGAGACAUUCUGUUUCUGAUGAAGUGCAAGGGGAACAUCUUGUUCAUGCAAGGAAAUCAUGUUCUAGUGCAUAAAAUUAUAUUUUCAUGUUUACCACUGACUAAUGUUAGCUUGGAGGCUUAUUAAAAAUCCAUGUCAAUGAGAAAACCUGCAGUAAGAAUAACAAAACUGCAGCUGGUGAAUUAUGUAGAAAAUCAUUUCUAAUGGCAUAGUUUUAAUUUCAGUUAUAACUUUAUGUUUCUAAAUUCUAAUGAACUUGGAAGUGGAAC